AUGAUGGAACCGGAGCGGGAACCUGGGGCUUCGAGCACCGCAAAUGAGACGUCGUACCAGGCUCACCAAAACCAUGAAGACGACGAUGAGGUUCCACUGUCCACAAUUUCCUGCGAUCGUUGCCGUCGCCGUAAAGUGCGGUGUGACCGACGGCAUCCAUGUUCCUAUUGCGUCCGCAUUGAUGUGCCUUGCACUUAUCCAACAAAGCAAAAGCCCAAGGAAAGAAAGCAGCGCAUAUUCGUCUCUGAGCUGUAUGAAAGAAAGAUUGACUUCAUCGUAAAGAAGCUCGAGGAGUUCGGCCACGCGUUGGGCAACUUAGAGGGCCGUCCUGAAAUCGCCACGCAAGCCGCCCCUCCAUACCGCCCUUCACCGUCGACCACAGUAUCUUCGUCCAGCCCCACGCCAGAUAUGCUGGUAGCCUCCUCGCCAUUGAGUCGAGAUGCUAGCAAAAUUCUAACUCCCAAGUUGGAGUACGAGGGGGAGUCUUCUCUGUCAGCCCAAGCCGCUUUCGCAAACAGAUUCCUUCGCGAUGCUGUGAACAACAAGCCAUCUAUUGACAUCACAGGGGAGAUGGCAUCCGUCCUGGAUACAUUAAGUCGAACUAUUGGAGGCCAAAAGAGAGACCAAGAGCCCGAAUACCUCUACCCCUACGCUAGGACGCUCAAGCCAGGCAGUAACCUUCGUGACCUUCCCAUGCCACCCGUGCAAUCAGCAUUCGCCUGUCUUCGAAUGGCUAAAGAACACAUCCGAGUAAGGUUUUUCUGGAACCAUGAAAUAAAUUCCAUCUCAGCUUUCACGGACUAUUUUCUGAGAGUUUAUUCUCCUGGGGAUAGUGAUCCAGCGUAUGCUGACUUGAUCAUGGUCAACGCAGGCCUGUACUGGCUGUUUUUGGAAUGCAAGAAUGUCAUUGCAGAUCCAAACAAGAAGGCAGACUGCGAAGCUCAAGCGACGGUUUGCCGGGCAAACCUUGAGACAGUUCUAUCCAUUCUUCCCUUCCAUUUACCUUCCACGAUGGAAACAACCUGUGCCAUGACAGUAGCCGGCAUGUACUGUCUCGACACCUGCAAACCAUCCGCUGCGUACAACUUCAUCGCCACAGCAUCGCACAUGUGCCAGACGCUUGGCAUGCACAAUAUCGUCACAAUGACAAACGAUGAUGUGCAAACUAGAACAAAUAAGUUAAAGUUAUUUUGGAUAAUUUACAUGCAAGAAAAAGGGCUUGCGUUACGCCUCGGGCGCUCCUCGACGAUUCGCGAUAGUGAUGUCACCGUACCUCCGGUGUCAGUUGAUUCAAGAUCAGAAGCUGCAGUCUUCGGGCAGUUGCAAAAGUGGGCAGGGCUGGCAAGGCUGCAGGGCAUGGUGUACGACAAAAUUUACAGCCCCAACGCAUUAAUUCAACCUCAAGCUAUCAGAACCGCCCAGGCAAGACAACUUGCUCUGGAGCUUGAACAGCACACCAACCAUAGGUCUCCAGAUGAAAUGCGGUACUUGGAAGCCUUGCGCAAUGCCGUAGGAGACACAGUCUACAAAGCCUUCAUAAGCACUACAAGGGUCACUCACUUAUCCCUCCUUUGUCUCAUAUAUCGAGCCAUACCCGCAGAUCCAGGCGAAGGUACUAUUUUCGGAAAGGAGUGCAUACUGAACGCACGUCAAGCCCUCGAAGAGCACCAAAGGUGCAUGACUAUUAUAGCCAACUUUGAGGAAGACUUCCUCGAAACCUAUAUAAAUUGGGCUAUUCUGCAAUCCCCCUUUGUCCCCUUCACCGUCUUGUUCUGUCAUAUUAUUGAGACUGGGAAUGAAGACGACCUCAAACGCCUUGGUAGCCUCAUCGAAUCUCUACAGUUCUCAUCGGCCGACUCCUUUUCCGUCGGUAUACAAAAAGAGAUUCGCCUAUUCAAAGUCCUCUACGAUGUUGCUUGCAGCUACAUUAAUGCGAAGAAGAGCAGUUCGACAGAGCCAGGAGGCACUGAGGACUGGAGCGAUUCCACAUUAAUGGUACCCCCGGCCUUGCCGCAGCCAACUGUUCUUGCAACACCCAGCUCAACAGACUUGUCACAGACACCGUUGCCUCACAUGUCCGACGCUGGGAAUGUUAUGGGAGCAAUGUUCAACGAGCAAGUGCCGGUUCCUAACUGGAUGACAGGUGGAUCGUUUGGGAUGCCUGGAGAUACGGGUAUGGAGAUAGACCAUCAGGGGGCUCAGCUGGGGAACUGGCUCUACAUGAAUAACCAAAUGUUGAGAGCAUUGGAAGAUAGUUAUUUCUGA